GAGUAGAAGGUUCAUGGCUGGCGCUGGCGGACGAACGGGCGGCCGCUCGCUCUUCGCUCUCCGUGGCUCGCUGAGGCCUGUGCCUGUGCCCGUGCCCGUGCUGGCGCUACUCCGCUCCGCUCCGCUCGCGCAAAAGUGAUCCCGUCGGACGUUUGUCGCGCGCGGUCGAGUCACGCCAGAUAAACAAAGGAGCCGGGAGCGCAUAGAGAGAGAGAGAGAGAGAGAGAGAAAGCGGGGACGUUUUCUCGAACGGCGAACAAAUUCGGCGAGCGAGUUACGUGGAGGGUCGGCACCGUGGAACCCGAGAACCGGAGUAACCGAGACUACCUCGAGGUCGGAGCGAGCGGCGAGUUCCGACUGACAUUUAAAUCGAAACUGCGGGAGCCGUCGGCAAGUAACAAGUGGAUUACGCGAGUGGAGUGUGCGGAGGCAAGCCGUGGAGAAUUGAGACUACCUCAGGAUAAAGAAAAAAAUAGGAGAGAUUUAUAAAUAGAGGAAAUCGCGCGGAGAGGAAAGUAGAAGAUAAGGGAUCGAGGAACGUCGGCUGGAGUAUCCGAUUCGAAAGCGGGAGCGCCGUGCGAGAUACCCCAUCUUCCCGUCGGGCCAAAAUAAUCGCUCUCUCCGUGUGCCUCCUCUUUCUCUCUCUUCCCCCUCCCACCUCUCAGUGCGUUACCUCAUCGGAGCGGAGUAGGUGCGUGUAACGAGCGUAUGCGCGCGUUGUGCAACCUGCCGCACCGAUCCUCGGCGAGAGAGAGAGCGAGCGAGAGAGCUUCGGGCGCAGACACUGUGCGUGCGUGCAUGUGUGUGUGUAUGUACGUUCGAUCGGCCUGGAAGCAAAACAAUGCGCCGCUGGUGUAGCGCGUAGCGUGGAGAGGAGACCCGUGUGCCUGUGUGCGCGUGUAUACCCGCAGCAGCUGCUGCUGCUGCACGGCGCGCUCGUGUGCGUUUGUUUAUGCGCGUAGAUUAGCCCGCACGCUCGUACUCGGCUGCUCGCGCGGGCGUUUCAUUCAACAGCCAGCCGCGCUUGGACGCGCGCGACUCCCGUCUCCCGUCGUACGUUUCGCCGACGGACGUUUCGAGAAAGCGAGCGAGCGAGCGGGCGAGAGAGCCCGCCGGCGGCGCGCUGGGAGCAGCGACGGAGGAUAUCGCCGCCGCGCGUAUUUGCCCAGUGAAUCACGCGCGUCCCGUCCGAUUACGCACGGACGCGCCUGCCCGUGCCCGUGUCGCGGAUUACACCGUUCGUAUAUAUACACGCCGCCGCUGUGUAUUAUUGUUGACGUGUCGGCGACGACGUCGAGUGCGCGAGUCGCUAAUCGGGGAACGAACCGUGUGGCGUGGUAUCGCUUCGUCGUGGGAAAAAGGGGUCUACGGCACCCCGCUGAGACUCUUUUUUUUCUCUCGUUCACAAGAAGGAACUUUGUUUUCCUGGAAGGAUACUGCAGCGAUCUCUCCUUUCCCCGCCUUCCCCCUCUACCUUCUGCCUGGGUGUUAUUGUAGUUGCAGGGGACUGUCGACCCCAGGUAAACACACCGUAAGAGAGAGAGAGGCGGAAAUACCAGCGUGAGAAGAAAGAGAGAGGGAGAGACGGCAACAUAUCGGGGAUCAGAAGGAGAGAGGACGAAAACACUCACACAAAGCCUUUGGAGAAUCCAAGAGUCCCCAUUGCACAGUCUGUUUACUACGGACUCGGUAGUUCGUAUCGCGUUCUCCGUGUGCCGAGAGCGUGAACGGAGGAGCGAACGCGCGAGGAUGCCGAGCGCCGAGGAGACGACGUAUCUGAUCGGCGUGAUGCCGGACGGCGCGGCGCAGGCGGACGCCUUCCUGGCGCGCGACGUCGACCUGCUGGUGUCGCAGAUCAAGGAGAACCUACGGCUGUCCAGCCUGAAGGCCAAGUCCAGCAUCAGCCACAAGAACAGCCGGCCGUCGCCGUACCGGGUGCCGGCGCGUUCCUGGGCGGAUCCGGCUGCCGGCUGCGAAGUCUGCGGUCUGCGGUCCAACGGCCAGCAGCAGCAGCAGCAACAGCAACAGCAGCAGCAUCACGUGAUCGCCGGUCAUCAUCACCACCACCAUCACCACCAUUAUCACAACCAUCUAAAGAGGAGCGAGAGAAGCAGAGUGGACGACGACCCGUACGAGGUGCUCCAGGAGCUGCUGCGCGAGGGCGGCCUCAUCAAGGAGGCGGUCAAGAGGCUGCAGGAGAACCUCGACGAGCUCUCGAGCUCGGAGGUGGACGAGGACGACGUGGUGGACGACGAGGACGACGAUGUGCGACGGUCCAGCGGCGGCGGCGGCGGAUACCGUAGGAAACCGUACUUCUACGACUCCGAGGACGAGCCGUUACCGCCGAUGUACGAGCCCCUGGAACUGUGAGGCGUCCGGCGACGGCGCCCGGGGAGAACUUUUACGGACGUUCCUGCGCUCACGCUGUGAGCGGGACCCCGCUUUGUCCCGCGGCCUCCUCGAUCCCGUUCUUUUCCUUUCUUCUCUUCCUUUUUCUUUCUUGAAAGGGACGAGAUUUUUCUGGAGCCGCGCCGGACGCCUCCUUUGUGACUCGGGAUGGAUAUUGUCUCGAAAAAAAUGGAUCGGAAUCCCCAUUGAAGAAGGAAGACGAUAAAAGGAUCCUGGGCGGGAGCAGGUUUUCCUUCGUUCACCCGCGUGGGAGUCCCGGGGACGCAACGGCGAUGACAGUGUGCGUGUGCGUGGCCGCGUGUGUGUAGACGCAAUUAGGCGAGAACUCGCCUUACAUGGCCGUGUUUGUAAAUACGCUGCGUUGUCGGCGCUGCGCGACAGCCAAGCCUCGCCGCUGUAUCGACGCUCGCGGACGGACCUACGUGGAAGACUUAUGGCCGCCGACCGCGGCCCGCGCGCCGCUCGACUCCUCGCACCCAUCAACCGUAUCGAAAUGCGCACGCGAGAUGUUCCUUUUCCCGCACGCCCGUUCCACAUCGCGCCGCGGUAUCUCAGAUCAUUUAAUUAAAUAUCGCCUGGCGAGCGAACGCCGGACUGACGCGACUUCCUGCGCGCCGCGUCGUCCGCGUUUCAGUAGCCAUACGCAAAACAUGUUCCUUUUCCAUUACUCUAUACAGUGUUAACGAUAAUUAUCGGUAUCUCGAAUCAUUGAGUAAUAUCACCGGCGAUAAUCGUAACGCAAGGCCGACAUAAUUCUUUGUAUAUAUUUUGAAGUGCUGGAAAACAUGUAUAAUGUAUAUCAAUUUGUUGUCGUACUGCGUGGUAUCUCAGUUAUUAAAAUAUCGGAUAUCGUUAUCGCAGUGUGGAGUGCCUGUAUCGUAACAGCUGAUUCGUCGCGAAACUCUCGAUUGACGCUUCAAAUACUGAGCGAAUAUAUAUAGAUGGGGGAUUAAAAAUAUAGAUAUAUAUUAUUUUAUAUACGUUUUAUUUAACGAAGCUCUGCUGGUUAGAGAUUUAUUAUUUUUUUCGACGCUCGAUGAAAAGAGCUUAAAUCUUGGAAAGUUUCCGACGUUCGAGUUGCUCUAAAAAUUAUCGCCAAUCACGCACGUUCGUACGGUAUUUGAAGAGUUAAUCUAACGCGUUAUUAUUCGUCAUCUUUGGUCGAAUUGCAUAAGAAGUCUGUGUUAAUUGAUUCUGAGUAAGCGAGACACUGAUCAUUGUCUUAUAUAGCACUGAACGAAGAAAGAAAGAUCUAAUAAAGUUUUACCACAAUUGUAUUUGUUUA